UGUCGCUCGUCAUGUUCCGAAAAUCGGCAUGAAAGCAAACUGUCAAAUGUUAUUUGGCAAACGGAGCAUAUUGUCAAGCGAUUUAAAAUUAAAUAAUAGGGCGAAUAAUUGGUUUAAAAGCGCUUCAUUCUUCGCUCGUAAUCAAGUCAAAGUGUAUUAACGAUGUUGCGUACCUUUGUUACCACCGCUGGACGAUUAUCACAGCAACACCAUCAAUCAUUAUUGCUUCGGAAUGGACGUCAACUUUUGCAGCAGAGUCGCACGAAGGUAUCCACGCCUAUGAAUACGAUAAUAAUGUUUGUGCCACAGCAAGAAGCAUGGAUAGUUGAGCGCAUGGGUCGUUUUCACAGAAUUAUGGAGCCUGGUCUUAAUAUAUUGGUGCCCUUUAUUGAUAAAAUCAAAUAUGUACAAAGUCUGAAGGAAAUCGCUAUUGAUGUGCCCAAACAGAGUGCCAUCACUUCGGACAAUGUCACCCUAAGUAUAGAUGGCGUUUUGUACUUGCGCAUCAUUGAUGCUUACCAUGCUUCUUAUGGUGUGGAGGACCCAGAAUUCGCGAUAACACAACUUGCUCAAACCACAAUGCGAUCCGAGUUGGGUAAGAUGUCGUUGGAUAAAAUCUUCCGUGAACGGGAAUCUCUCAAUGUUAGCAUAGUCGAUUCGAUCAAUAAGGCAAGCGAGGCGUGGGGUAUUGCGUGCUUGCGUUACGAAAUCCGUGACAUUCGUUUGCCUACACGUGUACAUGAAGCUAUGCAAAUGCAAGUGGAAGCAGAACGACGUAAGCGAGCAGCUAUUCUGGAGUCAGAAGGUAGUCGCGAAGCUGAAAUCAAUAUUGCUGAAGGUAAAAGAAAAUCACGUAUACUAGCUUCCGAAGCCGAACGACAAGAGCAAAUAAACAAAGCGAGUGGUGAAGCGGCUGCAAUGGUGGCCGUGGCCGAUGCACGUGCACAGGGUCUGCAAACUAUUGCAAAGGCAUUGCAGAAUUUAGAUGGCAAAAAUGCUGCUUCACUUACUUUAGCCGAGCAAUAUAUCGAUGCAUUUAGAAAUUUAGCGAAAACCAAUAACACCCUCAUAUUGCCAUCCAACCCUGGCGAUGUAACAUCUCUAGUAACACAAGCUCUAAGCGUUUAUCAAACGAUUUCAAAUACGAAUGUUAGUAAUAUGAAGAAUUUAAGUACCGCAGGUGAAAUUGUGGACAACAGGAGCGAUGAACUUAAUUGUAAACAGGAUAAGAAUGUAAAAUUACAGAAAAUGGAAAUUGAAUAACUGAAAAACGAUAAAGUCAACUAUGAAUUGUAAUAAAAUUGCAA